UCUUCCACUCUCUCACAAAACAACAAAUUAACAGUAAAUAACCAGAAACCAAAAUAAGAGAUGGAAUCAAGAAAUUUUCUCCGUUUCCUCUUUAUCUUUCUUAGUGUAUCUCUUGUCUUGUUCUUCACAUGGGUUCAUCUCCCCUAUGCUCCACAACCAAACUCCACCACUGACCUCCUCGAUUGCUCCACCAACUCUCCCUGGUGCACCUCCAAGAACCGCUUUCAGCCCAUCAAUAAACCAUCCACCGCCGAUAACAUCCUCGAGAAACCACCAAAUCCCAAGCACCACAACCACGAAUCAGACACUCCCCAUCAUCCUCUGGACCCCUUAACAAUCUCAGAGAUCAACAAAGUCCGUACAAUCCUAAAAUCGCACACCCUUUUCAAGUCAUCAUCUCCCUGUGCUUUCCACUCUAUAGUCUUGGAAGAACCAGAUAAAACACUUGUCCUUAAAUGGAAAAAAGGAGACUCCAUGUUACCAAGAAAAGCAGCCGUGGUCGCACGCGUGGCUGGCAAAUCAUACGUGUUAACGGUGGAUAUAAGUACUGGCGAGGUGGCUGUACAAGAAAAUGGUUCUCGCUCAGGUUACCCCACCAUGACAAUAGAGGACAUGACAUCAUCGACAUGGGCCCCGCUAUCGAACGCUGAUUUCAACCGUACAAUCAUCGAGCGUGGAGUUGAGCUUCAGGACCUUGCAUGCUUGCCGAUCUCUUUAGGUUGGUUUGGUGAAAAUGAAGAGAACAGGAGAUUGAUUAAGGUGCAGUGCUACUCCAUGAAGGGCACUGCAAACUUUUACAUGAGACCAAUAGAAGGGCUGACUGUUUUGCUUGAUAUGGAUAGUAAAGAAGUGGUGGAGAUAUCAGAUAAGGGGAGGGAUAUACCUAUACCAAAGGCAGCCAACACUGAUUAUCGCUAUUCUGUACAGGAAAUCAAUCCCGAGGUGAUGUUUGUCAAUCCAAUUUCAAUAGAGCAACCAAAAGGGCCGAGUUUUACGGUAGAAGAUGAGCACCUGGUCAAAUGGGCUAACUGGGAAUUUCAUCUUAAACCCGAUCCUAGAGCUGGUGUGAUAAUUUCUCGGGCUAAGAUCCGGGACCCAGAUAGUGGGGAGAUGAGGAAUGUGAUGUAUAAAGGGUAUACUAGUGAGUUGUUUGUGCCUUACAUGGACCCCACUGAUGCAUGGUAUUUUAAGACGUAUAUGGAUGCGGGUGAAUAUGGGUUUGGGUUGCAGGCCAUGCCACUUGACCCACUUAAUGAUUGUCCUAGGAAUGCUUAUUACAUGGAUGGUGUGUUUGCCGCUGGCGAUGGAACUCCAUAUGUCCGAUCACAUAUGGUUUGUGUGUUCGAGAGUUACGCAGGUGAUAUUGGAUGGCGGCACUCGGAGAGUCCAAUUACGGGUAUGGAGCUGUCGACUUUAUUUUUUUUCUUCCCUCUCCCGUUUGUCGUUUGUUUUAUGUUGUUUUGGCAGAUUAGAGAAGUUAGACCGAAGGUGACGCUAGUGGUUAGAAUGGCAGCAUCGGUUGCGAACUAUGAUUAUAUAGUUGAUUGGGAGUUCCAAACUGAUGGGCUAAUCAGAAUCAAGGUUGGACUUAGUGGUAUUUUGAUGGUGAAAGGCACCUCAUACGUGAACACGAACCAAGUUCCGGGUCAACAAAAUCUCUAUGGCACCCUAUUGUCAGAAAACGUAAUCGGCGUUAUACAUGACCACUACAUCACAUUUUACCUUGACAUGGACAUAGAUGGCUCUGAUAAUUCCUUUGUAAAUGUAAACAUUCAAAAGCAACGGACCUCACCUGGAGAAUCACCGAGGAGGAGCUACUUAAAAGCUAUAAGAAAUGUGGCAAAGACAGAAAAGGAUGCACAGAUUCAGCUUAAGCUUUAUGACCCAUCCGAGUUCCACGUGGUUAACCCGAUGAAAAGGACUCGGGUUGGAAACCCCGUUGGGUACAAGUUGGUUCCCGGUGGCACGGCUGCUAGCUUGCUAGAUCAUGACGAUCCUCCCCAAAAACGUGGUGCAUUUACAAAUAACCAAAUAUGGGUCACUCCAUAUAACCAGAGCGAGCAAUGGGCUGGUGGGUUAUUUGUUUACCAGAGUCAAGGUGAAGACACUCUUGCAGUGUGGUCUGAGAGGGAUCGUCCAAUUGAGAACAAGGACAUUGUAUUGUGGUACACAUUAGGCUUCCAUCACGUACCGUGCCAAGAGGACUUCCCUAUCAUGCCAACCGUAUCAUCGAGUUUUGAUCUGAAGCCCGUCAAUUUCUUUGAGAGCAACCCAAUUCUCCGUAUCCCACCUAACGUUGAAAAAGAUUUGCCUGUUUGCAAGCCUGCUGCUUCGGCUUGAACAGCUAAUUGCAGCUCUUCUAUCUGCAUAUAUAUGCAGUAGCAGAGUAAAAACCUUGAGAUCAAUAAUGUAGAUGAAUGCUUCAGAAUAACACGCAAAAAAAGAAGAAGAAAAAAAGAGAGACGGCGAUGGAUUAAGCACUGUUUUAUGACCACUUUAUGGUUACGAUCGAGGCUAGGUCAGAUGGUACUGCACAAAACACUAGGCAUUGUGGCAUUUUCUGUGUAGCAAUUUUAAUGUGCACUCUUUUAUGAAUCAA